CCCCUCCCCAGGCCUGGUAAGUCCUGAUGAUAGGUAGCCAGCCUGGAGUUUGCCUGUCCUGCCUUCCCAUAGAUUUGCAGUUGCCCAACUGUCAUCAGUGUGUGCUAGCUCAGCAAGAUGUGCACUAGAUGUGCACUGAUAUCUAGGAUCAAGGAUCAAAGACAGUGUGGGGUCGCUUCCACCCCCACCUUCUAUCUUUGGUGCUUCUUUUUUUGGAAUCCCAACCGGCCCCAUCUUGGGUCUGUUUGGGGCACUCCCUUGUUGAAAUACCUCUGUGCUGCUUUGGGGGCGACUCCAGCCACAGGUUUCUCAGACUAGUGCUUAAGACUAGUUCCCCACCCUUCGCGACCCUUCCUCUUGGAAAAAUCACAGUCUGACCAUCUUGGGAGCCUCCAGAAUCCUGCUGUGUAGCAUCGCUACGCGCAACACCAAUUCAAGUGCUUCCUCGCUUCGACCCGCCCCUCAACUGGAUACGUUGUGAGCCCCACCAGCAGGUUUCUUUCCACCAAUAGGCGGUGGAGGACCGUUAACUCAGCCAAAUAACAGCGAGGGGUGGGACACAAUUCUGUAGCUGAAGAACCUCCAGCGUUAUGGCUGCUGCGGGCCCGAAUCCGCAGCGUGUGGGCUUCGUGGGCGCUGGCCGUAUGGCACAGGCCAUAGCGCAGGGCCUUAUCCGAGCAGGCAAAGUAGAAGCUCAGCAGGUGCUGGCCAGUGCACCAACAGACAGGAACCUUUGCCACUUCCAGGCUCUGGGCUGCCAGACCACCCACUCCAACCAAGAGGUGCUGCAGAGGUGUUCACUGGUCAUCUUUGCUACCAAGCCUCAAGUCCUACAAGCUGUCCUGACAGAGGUGGCCCCUGUGGUCACUGCUGAACACAUGUUGGUGUCUGUAGCUGCUGGAGUCUCUCUGAGAACCCUGGAGGAGCUAUUGCCUCCCAAAACACGAGUGUUCCGGGUAUCACCCAACCUGCCUUGCUUAGUCCAGGAGGGGGCCAUGGUGAUGGCACGGGGCCUCCAUGCUGGAAACAGUGAAGCCAGACUCCUGCAGAACUUGCUAGAGGCCUGUGGGCAGUGUGAAGAGGUGCCUGAGGCCUACGUGGACAUCCACACUGCCCUCGGUGGCAGUGGUGUGGCCUUCGUGUGCAUGUUCUCUGAGGCCUUGGCUGAAGGUGCUAUCAAGAUGGGCAUGCCCAGUAGCCUGGCCCACCGAAUUGCUGCCCAGACCUUGCUGGGGACAGCCAAGAUGCUGCUGCAGGGAGGGCAGCACCCUGCUCAGCUUCGGACAGACGUACUCACGCCGGCUGGCACCACUAUAUAUGGCCUCCAUGCCCUGGAGCAGGGUGGGCUGCGAGCAGCUGCCAUGAGUGCUGUGGAGGCCGCUACUUGCCGGGCCAAGGAGCUCAGCAGGAAGUAGGGCCCAGCUUCCAGAAGAGGCUACCUGCUCCUUUCUCAGCCAAAGCCCACAAGUGCCAAGUACUGCCGUACAUGCUCCUCUAGUCCUCUCUUGCCUCUUUCUUAGGGACCAGCUCUAUGUCUGUCCACAUGAAUCUCUUUCUUCCUCUUAUGCAGGAAAAUGCAGCCCUACCCAUGCAGGCCUCCCCCCAUCAUGGUGGUGGCUCAACCCCUAAAGAGCCCACUGUAAUGGGUCAUGUUGGUUGUCAGGUGCCUGCAAUUUGGGGCAGUUUGAGGACAUGAGCAGAGCUAGUGGCUACAAAAGCAACCAGACCUGGUCUGAGCUUUGGAUUUCCCAGCAGCUCCCAUCCCAGCUCUGAGAACAACCUUAGGGUCAUUACCCUUCCUCUCCAUAAAGCCAGUGGCCAGUGGCCAUUGCCUAGCCCCUACAAGGAGCUGGAGCAACUUAUAAGAUGUUGAGCAGCAAGCAGAUGCUGUGGGCUUCCUAGGGCUGAGAAGGAUGCUGUACCCAGGAAGCUAUAGCUCUGUCAGCCAGAUCUGUUGAAGCACUAGGGCAGUACCAGGUGGGUACUAGGCAAGUGGAAAGGCUGGUUGAAGUUUGGGGUGUGUGCCCUAGUCAGAUGGAAAACUACACCCCUACAUCCCUUCCUCCUGCAGAUCCUAAGCUCCUGGUACAUGGUCAGAUAGACCAUAUAACCCUCCUUUAGGUCAGAAGUCCUAGGCCCCGUGCCCCACAUGGGUCUCUGCAGGAUUGAACUCUUUGCAACAUAUCAUUUAACAGCAGGUUAAGAACACAGGACUAGAAGAGGAGCAAGGCCAUAGAAUUGAGGUCAGGGACUCAGCCAGUGAGUGGGGAGGGUCCAGGCAGGCUACCUAUAGCUGUGAUCCCUGCAUCUGGCACACAACCUCCUGAGCCUCCUUGGCCAUAAAGACCCCAGGGUGCUGCACCCUACCCUCCCUGGCUCCAGAUGAGGCAGCUUUCUGAACCUGUGCAGUAUGCCCACCCUCUGCGGUCCUAGUGUGAUUUAGGACAGUUUUGUAGUGCCAUCUGCUAGCUGGGUGAUGUUUAGUCAAGUUAAUCCCAUCUACACAAGAGACAAUGGCACUAUUGGGUCAGAACAGGAUGUCUCAUCAUGUACAACUCCUCCAUCACACCUGCCAUUACCCUGCCCUACUCCCCCUAGAGCUGAAGUCCCCCCAUCCAGAUCCCUUCCCUCAGCUUCCCACCUGUAUCCCAUUCCUAGAUGGCUGCUCUCAAUGACUGCUUAGUCAAACCUAUCAGAAGGGCUGGCCUGAGUCUAGUUUACAUUCUGGUUUCCUCACUUGUGAAAUAAAGAUGUUUUACAAUGCUAAA